CACAGUAGUUUGUUCAUAUUGACUCCGGCUGAGUUUCUUUUUACGAUUGCUCUGUACUGUUCUUCCCGAUGGUUUUUAUAUUACGCGGGCAACGAUCCCCAGUUCUUUUCUCAAGCAGAAAGUUGUUCUAGUUUUGUACAGUCACUCCCUUUCGUUGCUCCGAAACAUUUGUGAAAAAAUUUAACUUUUUCUUGAAUACUUCCAAUGAACACUAAGAAAAAUAGUAGAUAAUAAAGAAUAUAAAUAAAUUAGUGUUUGUGUUAUUACUUUGAUCAUUAACGGAUAUGGCUCACGAUCAUUCAGCGCACAUGGAAAUGAACAUGUCUGAUCAUAGCGCUCACGAUCAUUCAAUGCAUCAUGGUAUGGACCAUUCGAAUAUGCACCAGGAAGCCAUAGACCACUCCGGUAUGCAUCAUGCUGACGUAGAUCAUUCUACAAUGCAUCAUGGAAAUAUGGCCCACACAAUGAUUAUGUAUUUUCAUUCUGGUUGUUCUGAAACAAUUUUAUUCAAACAAUGGCAAAUUUCUUCAGUUGGUGGAUUAAUUGGCUCAAUGAUUGGAAUUAUUAUAAUGGCUGCCUUAUAUGAGGGGUUAAAAUACUAUAGAGAAUAUCUAUUUUGGAAAACAUAUAACGCUUUACAGUACAGAAGUGUUUCGAUGCCUCAAGAUAAAAAUGUCGUUGCUGAAGACAAUCGGGUGGUGCAUAUGGUCGGUGAAGUAAUCCACAAGCAACCACCGACAAUGUUAUCAUGGAUGCAUACUUUUCAAACAUUUUUACAUAUCGUCCAAAUUGUUUUGUCGUACUUCCUCAUGUUAAUCUUCAUGACAUACAACGUAUGGCUCUGCUUUGCCGUAGUGCUCGGUGCAGCAAUAGGAUACUUCUUGUUUGGAUGGAAGAAAUCCGUAAUAGUAGACGUUACGGAACACUGUCAUUAAUAAAUAUGCUAUAGGCUACAAUAUCGCACAUAGAUUGAAUUAUCAUUCGUUGGGUAAUGAUAAUAUUACGCCAAUAUGAAACAAACAGAAAGAUAAAAUUUUUAUUCUGUAAUAAAAACGUAUUUUUACGUUCCCAUUUUUGCCUGACUGUAAAGCGUGAAAAAUUCAUCUGAAAAUAUAUUUUUCAAGUGAAACAUAAUAUCUUAAAAUAAGAAAAAAUCUUUUUCAACAGUAUUUUACUAUAUGUUAUGCAUCGCAACGCAUGAUUCAUUUGAAUAAGCUAUAAAAGGUGUUUAUAAGAAUGAGGGUUUGAAUCUUCUACAAUUUGUAAUAAUUGUGAUGUUUUACUUGUAAAUAUUGUUGAAACGUUGCGAGUUAGUAUAAAUAUAUACAAUAGUUAAAUGUAGAAAUGAUGAAUUAUGAUGGAUUUUA